UCCCGUUGGUUGGUGUGUUGGUUUCCUGACUCGGUGAACCGUCAGCCGCCGUCGUCCAGGACCAGAGACCGCAGAGGGUUGUAGUCAUGUCGGCAGCUGCUCCGGGGACCAGCAAGGCGGCUCACGGUGAUGUGGCCGCCAAGAAGAAGAAGGGCCCCGGCGCCCUGGCCACGGCCUACCUCGUCAUCUACAACGUUGUUAUGACAGCGGGGUGGCUGGUGAUCGCUGUGGGUCUGGUGAGAGCGUACCUGGCCAGAGGAAGUUACCACGGGCUGUACUACUCCAUAGAGAAGCCUCUCAAGUUCUUUCAGACUGGAGCCAUUCUGGAGAUCCUGCACUGUGCUGUAGGAAUCGUACCAUCCUCUGUGGUCCUGACUGGAUUCCAGGUCAUGUCCCGGGUCUUCCUCACCUGGGCCGUCACACACAGCGUCAGAGAGGUGCAGAGUGAGGACAGCGUGCUGCUGUUCGUCACAGCCUGGACCGUCACAGAGAUCAUCCGCUACUCUUUCUACACCUUCAGCCUCCUCAACCACCUGCCGUACCUCAUCAAAUGGGCAAGGUACACCUUUUUCAUCGUGCUGUAUCCCAUGGGAGUGACCGGGGAACUGCUGACCAUCUAUGCAGCGCUGCCGUACGUGCAGAAGACGGGCCUGUACUCCGUCACCCUCCCCAACAAGUACAACUUCUCCUUCGACUACUACACCUUCCUCAUCCUCGUCAUGAUCUCCUACAUUCCCCUCUUCCCCCAGCUUUACUUCCACAUGAUCCGACAGAGGAAGAAGGUCCUGGGCCACGUGGAGGACUACAGCAAAGUGGAGUGAGCCGAGCAGUGUCCAGACGCACCUGACGGAGGAACCAUGAACCAAAACACCAGAAGAAGAAGAAGAAGAGGAACAACAUCACGUCUGCUUAAAGAAACCAGUGUCCAAACUGCCAGAGCUGACCUGGCACCAGAUCCAAUUAUCAGCUACUUUAUUUUCCAGCUGUCGUCCGGGUUGUAAAAACGCUCACAAUCAUGAAUGAACUGGUUUAUUUUGUUGUUGUUAUUUUUAUUUAUGAACAAACUGCAGUCAUUUGGUUUAGUCAGGGAGAAAAGAGAAUCUGUAUCUGGACGUGGAUCCAGAGGAGCUGCUGUCUGAGCACUGAGCAGACGCGGCUCUCAGAGAAGCUUUGAGCUGAACGAUGCACUGAUCAUAAUCAAUAACCUCCUCCUUUAAACGUCACUGUAGAAACUCCCAGGUAGAUUUACUCACCUCCACCUUUGCUCUCUUUAAGAAGCCGCUGUGCUUCAGUAGGACGUAGACAGAAUAAAGACUCGUACUGAAACUAGCUCGUAGCGUUUGUACCUGUCGGUGCAAACUGUGGUCCAGACUUGUAAUUUCUUUUUCUUUCAUUCAUUUCAGUCAGAAGUUUGAUUACAUUCCUGAUUUAGUUCAAUAAACCUUUUUGAUUGUU